GCUAGAUCCUUCGCCAUCCCUACUCAAAUCCCAGCUAAAUCAAUACCCAAACAAGGUUUUAUGGCCGAAAAUAUAGCGGGGUGGGAUGUACGGCAGUACUCGUAUAAAAGCAAGUAAUCAUGCGCGUCACGCCCACUUAACUCGCGCUCUUGAGUCUCCUUCUUGUCUUUCUAUAUAUGCAUCGCGAGGGUUUUUCUUUCCAGCGCCAUGGAGGAUUCGCCUUCUCGGACUUAUUAUUCAAAUUCAAUGGCCACUGGGGCUUCCAAGUUCCUCUCUAAUCUUCCUUCUCGAGGCUUCUUGUCCUCAACCGUUCUCUCUUCAAAUCCGAUUUUUUUUUUGCAGGGUGGGAUGCGAGUCUAUAUCUGUGAUCACGAUACGUUGCCCCCAGAGGGCCAACAGAUAAAGACUAAUCAAACAAACAUAUUGAUUAGAUCGCUCCAGAUUAAGAAACAAAAGGGUGAUUCCAGUUCGAAGGAUAUGAAGGGAGUAACUGUCUCUGAGGGUUCUCGAAAGCGCCCUCCAGAAAGGGUUCAGGAUGGCAGGGCAUCAGCUAAAAGAAGCAAUAGUCAAACUGGUCAUCGACAAGAGGGAUUUGAUAGCCAAGUAGUUGAUAGGGACUUUUACAGUUUGACAGUAGAAAGACUUCGUGCUCUUCUAAAGGAGCGGGGUCUUUCACCCAGAGGGAAGAAGGCAAGUUUUUUUUUAAAAAAGGCAAAAUUCAUAUGAAGUUUGUGCAUCUGCCUCUGUUAGCCAGAUGAGUUGGUUGCAAGGUUGAGAAAUGUAAAUGGUUAAUGGCUUGGAAGUUUCAGGAUGAAUCUGCUAUGCACAUUGUAUACAUCCAGGGCAGGUAUAUAGGUGAUUUUGUUGUCUUCUUUGUAACUAAGGAAAUGAAUCGAAUGACUAAAAGGAGCGGAAGAAAGUGCACUUAGAAGAAGUUGAAAAGAAUAUAAGCAUUUUACAUUUUUUUUUCCAAAACGUUUUUUAAUGCC